AUGGCUCAGACAAACGGCGACUUGGAGCACUCGAAAGAGGCUCCUCCCGCCCAGCCCGAGCAGGUCACCAAUGGAGAACAGCCGGAGGGAGAGCAGGAAGAUGGUGGUCUUUUCCAGAUCACUGUGAAGCUCCCUCAUGACCCUCACAAGAUCCAGGUCAUGGUCUCGAGUCAAGAGCAGGUCCAGGAUGUCCGUCAAUCGAUCAUUGAGCUGCCGGGUACCUUCCAGUACACUUGCUUCCACCUCGAGUUCAAUGGCAAACGCAUCAACGACUUUGUCGAACUGUCCGAGGUGCCGGCUCUGAAGGCGGACUCGGAAAUUGUCUUGGUGGAGGACCCGUACACUGAGAAGGAGGCACGGAUGCACAUUGUGAGGACGCGGGAAUUGCUUGGAGCCGCGGGCGAUCGCGUCGACAACAUCCAAGGUGUUAGCGCCGGUCUGUCCUUGCACGACUCCAUCUCCGAGGAGGCCGUCGCUGCUGCGGAGAAGGAGCACGCACUGUCCAAGUAUGAUAUUGCCGGCUCCUCAUCUCUGAAGACCAUUCUCCCCAGAGAAGAGGCUCCUCUUCCCAAGACUAUCAAGUCCAUCUCGCUAUCCACGUGGAACCCUCCUCCCUACCACCUCCGCCAGAAGGGCCACUUGCUCUACCUCCAGCUUACCACCAACGAGGGUGAACAGUUCCAGAUUACCUCGCACGUCUCUGGUUUCUACGUGAACAAGUGCUCGAACGCCAAGUUCGACCCGUUGCCCAAGACCACCCCCAAGAAGGGUAGCGCCCAUUCCCUGAUUACCCUGAUCUCUCAGUUGUCGCCCUCGUUCGAAUCCGCCUUCCAGGAGCUCCAGGAGGCCAACAACAAGAAGGAUCUCUUGACCACUUUCCCCUUCCAGAACGCCAUUCCUAAUAACCCAUGGCUUGUUCCUUCCCCGUCCGCCAAUGCCAACGCCCACCAGCCCGACAUUACCCGCUCCCAGGAGAACUAUCUUAUUGCUGGCGUGGACAAUGCCGAAACUCUGCGUGACUGGAACGAGGAGUUCCAGACCACUCGUGAGCUUCCCCGCGAUACCGUUCAGGAUCGCGUUUUCAGGGAGCGUCUGACCUCGAAAUUGUUCGCGGACUACAAUGAGGCCGCGGCCCGAGGUGCUGUCUUGGUUGCCAGGGGUGAGGUGCCGCCAUUGAACCCUACUGAGGACCGGGACGCCCAGAUCUUCGUGUACAACAACAUCUUCUACUCCUUCGGUGCUGAUGGUGUCGGUACUUUCACCUCUGAGGGCGGCGAUGAAGCCGCCCGCGUGGCUGUCGGCAAGGACGUUCUGGGUAUCAAGGCUGUGAACCAGCUUGACAUCAACGGCUUGUUCACUCCGGGAACCGUGGUCGUUGACUAUAUGGGCAAGCGUAUUGUCGGUCAGAGCAUUGUCCCUGGUAUCUUCAAGCAGCGGGAGCCUGGAGAGCACCAGAUCGACUACGGUGGUGUUGAAGGCAAGGACGUCGUUGCGACGCACCCUGAUUUCAAGCCCGUCUUCGAGAAGCUGUCCAAGGCCCUUCGUAUCAAGCAGCACCCCGUUUGGGACAAGGAGAACACCCGUCACGACCUCGAAGGCAGUGUCGAGACCAAGGGUCUUCUGGGUACCGACGGCAGGAAGUACGUGCUUGACCUGUACCGCGUGACUCCUCUCGAUGUCUCGUGGCAGGAAGAAGAAGGCAACGAUGCCUAUCCUCACCAGAUGUCCGUCUUGAGAUUGGAGCUCGUUGAAUCGUACUGGAGGCACAAGAUGAGCCAGUACGUGAAGGCCGAGGUAGAGGCUCGCCGCCAGGCCAAGGCCGAGGAGAAGGAGACCGCCAAGGCUGAGAACCCCGAAUCGAAGGAGGAGGAUAAGAAGACUGAAGAGCAGCCGGAGCAGGAGCGUGUUGAUAUCUCUGGAUUCAAUCUCGCCCUCAACCCCGACGUCUUCAGCGGCCAGGUUCCCCAGACCGCCGAGGAGAAGGAGCAGUGGGCCCAGGACGAGAAGGAGGUUCGCGAAACCUGUGACUUCUUGCGUACCAAGGUCAUUCCCGAACUGGUCCAGGAUCUCCAUGAUGGAGAUGUUGGCUUCCCCAUGGACGGCCAGUCGGUUAGCCAGCUCUUGCACAAGCGCGGUAUCAACAUCCGUUACCUCGGCAAGGUCGCUCAAUUGUCCAAGGAGAAGGGAUCUCGCCUGAACGCUCUUACCACUCUCGUGGUCCAGGAGAUGAUCACCCGUGCCUUCAAGCACAUCGCAAACCGCUACCUUCGCAAUGUGCCCGCCCCCUUCACUGCGUCGUGCGCUGCUCACCUGCUGAACUGCCUCCUGGGCGCCGACGUGAACGCCAGUCCCCGCGCCGACAUUGACAAGUCGUUGCGGGCGAUCUACCCCGACGGUGACUUCUCGUUCGAGAAGCUUGACCCGGCCACUCUCCGGGCCGAGAUCGAGCAACAGGUGAAGAUCCGCUACCGCUUCACCUUAGAGUCUGACUGGUUCAACUCCCUGAGACAUCUCCAACUCCUCCGUGACAUCUCUAACAGGCUUGGUCUUCAAUUGGGCGCUCGUGACUUUUCAUUCACCAAGUCUCAGCUGCCCGUGGUUCCCCAGGCCGUCAACGGUACCAACGGUGCCACUGAAGAGGCUAAGAGCAGCAGCAAGAAGAAGAAGAAGGGUGGUGACUCGGCUAACGCCGCAAACCGCCCCGCAGCGGACAACAAGCCCGCUGUCACGUUUGUGCCUGACGACAUCGUCAACAUCGUGCCGCUGGUUAAGGAUGCUUCUCCCCGAAGCUCGCUCGCCGAGGAGGCCCUGGAGGCUGGCCGUAUCUCUCUCAUGCAGAACCAGAAGCAAUUGGGCCAGGAGCUCAUUCUGGAAUCCUUGUCUCUGCAUGAGCAGAUCUACGGUAUCCUGCACCCCGAGGUUGCCAAGCUCUACCACCAGCUGUCGAUGCUGUACUACCAGACCGACGAAAAGGAGGCCGCCGUUGAGUUGGCCCGCAAGUCGGUCAUCGUCACUGAGCGCACUCUAGGUGUUGAUUCGCACGACACCAUCUUGGCCUACCUCAACCUCUCUCUCUUCGAGCACGCCUCUGGCAACACCAAGACGGCUCUUGCCUAUAUCAGACACGCCAUGGAUCUGUGGAAGAUCAUCUACGGAGCCAACCACCCCGACUCAAUCACCACCAUGAACAAUGCUGCCGUGAUGCUCCAGCACCUCAAGCAGUACUCUGACUCCCGCAAGUGGUUCGAGGCCUCCCUUUCGGUUUGCGAGGAGCUUUUCGGCAAGCAGUCCAUCAACACCGCCACCAUCCUGUUCCAGCUGGCCCAGGCCCUGGCUCUUGACCAGGACUCCAAGGGUGCCGUUGUUAAGAUGCGCGAGGCCUACAACAUCUUCCUCAACCAGCUCGGCCCCAACGAUCGUAACACCAAAGAGGCCGAGACCUGGUUGGAGCAACUCACCCAGAAUGCCGUGUCCAUUGCCAAGCACGCCAAGGAUAUCCAGGCCCGUCGUCUGCGCCGUAUCAACAUGGCCUCUCGCGUGUCGUCUCUCGGCACCAUGGUUCAGCCUCAGGUCGGCCAGUCUGCUGCUCAGACGACUGGUGCGGGCGGCUCCGGAAUGGAUGCUCGGAGCAUUGAUGAGCUGAUGAAGUUCAUCGAGGGUGGUGACGCCGGUGCUACCCGCAACAAGCAGAAGAAGCGUGCUGCGGCCAGCAACCCCAAGCUCCGCGGCUCGAAGAAGUCCUCUGAAUAA